CUCACGUAAUUAUUAUCCAACCGGAAAUGCUCCAUCGACGAACGUGAGAAAUUUUUCUUUUCCACUUUGGCACGUGCCCCCAUAUGAUUACACUGGUUCAGCGCUGAUCAAUUUUUAUCCGAUAAAUUGUUUAUCUCGACCAGGAAAUUAGCGAAAAUAUGGCUAGUUUGAAAGCAGAAAAUCCGGAGAAACCUGGACCCGAUGUUCCACCAGUUCAUCGAAUCCGGAUUACUUUGACUUCACGUAAUGUCAGGUCUUUGGAGAAGGUGUGCUCGGAAUUGAUUAACGGAGCGAAGAAGCAAAAAUUGAAGGUAAAGGGACCGGUUCGUUUACCGACGAAAAUUUUGAGGAUCACGACACGCAAAACUCCUUGCGGUGAGGGUUCAAAGACAUGGGAUCGCUUCCAAAUGCGAAUUCACAAGCGAGUCAUUGAUCUUUAUUCGCCUUCCGAAAUCGUCAAGCAAAUCACCAGCAUCUCCAUUGAACCUGGCGUAGAAGUCGAAGUCACAAUUGCCAACGAUUAAACACUGAAUUUCUUUUUUUUAAGAAAAAAAACUAUUUUUCUUCUUUUUGGCAUUUAGAAAUUUGCAAAUAAAAUCGCAAAACAAAAAAAAAAACAGUAAA